AUGCGAAACGACUAUGCAGAUUUAAAGAAAGAAGCAGAAAAACCAGCAGAAGAUAAAAUGAACAUGUUAGAAUUUCUGAACAAAAACUAUCCAACAGCUGACGAUUUCCUUCUAUCUGACGUCAAGAAGAAGUAUAAAGAAACUUUCGGUAUCGUUAAAACAUUCGAUGUACUAAAAGAAGAAAUUGAAGCCACGAAAUUGUUUAGAGUCAUGAACCAUCGCAACAUAUACCAUGUAAAACGCUUGUAA